UACUCGAACAGACAACAAACCCGUAGCUGCACUUGCACAAGAAUGGCGUACAAGUACCAAGGUGGCACGAGUAUGGGUAUGGCCUACCCCGACGAGGCCUACCAGUGUCCCGCCGGCAGGCAUGGCGGCAACAUGGCCUUCUCCGACACGAGCAAGUACUCCGGUACCAGGAGCAUCGUGGCGUACUCCAACUCCGAUGAGUGUUAUGAUAGCGCAAGGCACGGCGGUAGGAGGGGAUACGAGGCUGGCGAGCAUGGUGGCAGGAUGGUCUACUCCGACGAGGGCAACCACGCUGCCAAGCGCGGUGGUGGCAUCGUCUACUUCGACGAGUCCUACGACGACGGUAGGCGCGGAGGCAGGAGGGUCUACUCCGAUGAGGCCUACGACGACGGUAGGCGCGGAGGCAGGAGGGUCUACUCCGGUGAGGCCUAUGACGACGGUAGGCACGGAAGCAGGAGGAUCUACUCCGACAAAGCCUAUGACGACGGUAGGCACGGAGGCAAGAGGGUCUACUCCGACAAAGCCUAUGACGACGGUAGGCACGGAGGCAGGAGGGUCUGCUCCGACAGCCGCUACGUGGCUGGCACCGACGGGCAUGCUGGCAUGAUGGUCUACUCCGACGAAGGCUACCAUGCUGGUAGGCACGGUGGUGGAGUUGUCUACUCCGACGAGGGCUACAACGAUGGAAGGCACGGUGGCAGGAUGGUCUACUCCAACGCCGACCACUACGAGAGGAGGCAGGGUGCAGCGCACGGCGACGAGUACGUGUACAGAGCGCAUGACAAAGUUUGCUCCAAGGAGGAGAGGGAGGGGAUGGGCGAUCGCCCAAGGCCGGCGGCAUACACCAACAGUUCUGGCCACACGAGGGUCGCCAAUGGCCAGCAGGAAUACUACAAAAGCGAGGAGGGCGCUAUAGCCGCUGGUGGCGGCACCGUCUACUCCAGCGAGUACGCGAGAGUUGCCGGCGGCCAGCAGGGGUACCACAAGUCAGCACGCAAAAUAGAGGAGGGCAUGUCGGCGAUGACGCUGGGCAGCGCCGGCGGUUCCGCUUCCGGCGAGCGUAGCGAGCGGCAUGAUGCGACCUACUACAGCAAAAUGGAGAAGCAGCACGGGCGCAGGGAGACGCUCGGCCACCUUGGUGCAAUGGCCGCCGCAGCCUUCGCAAUGCAUGAGAAGCACAAGGCAAAGAAGGUGGAUCCGGAGGACGCUGAGGCGCACAUUAUCAAGGAGGCCAUGGCCACGGCAGUUGCCACCAGCAGCGCCGACUGGGCGAUCCAUGAGUUCCGCCGGAAGAAGGAGGCGCAAAGCCAUAAAUCCAGUGUCGUUGAAUGAUUGUGCUGCUAGCUGCAUCAGGUGCACGAGCACACGAGGUGUGUGCAUGCGAUGCGUGCAUGUAUACUAUACGUACGUAGAUUGGGUCCCAAUGUGGUCUAUACGUUGAAUAAUUUCGCGUGCAAGUAUUUUUAUUUCUGUCCCGAGUCGCGACAGCCGUGAUCAGCAUACCCAUUGCGUGUCAUGAGCCUGCGUACGGCAUGUUACCUCGAGGUGUACUUUGGUCCACGUCGGAGCAAGCCAUGUGUGUUAGUAUA